AUGCGCUGCCUGCUGCUGCUGCUGCUGGGCACCUUCCGGAUGGCCGGGGGGGCGCCCAGCCAGUGCCCGGAACCCUGCCAUUGCCACGGCGACCUGCAGCACGUCAUCUGUGACGGCGUGGGCCUGAAGAAGAUCCCCCGCGUGUCCCAGUCCACCCGCCUGCUCAACCUGCAGAGGAACGCGCUGGGCAGCGUUCCCAGCGGCGCCUUAGGCGAGAGCGGCGGCCUGGUGUCGCUGCACAUGCAACACUGCCAGCUGCGCCACAUCGCCGCGCACGCCUUCAAGGGGCUGACCAAGCUGGUCUACCUUUACCUGUCCCACAACCACAUCAGCAGCAUCCAGCCCUCCGCCUUCCACGACCUGGCCCAGCUCACCUACCUCCACCUGGACCACAACCGGAUGGGCGAGCUGGCCAAGGGAAUGUUCUCGCCGCUGGUCAACCUCUUCGUGCUGCGCCUGGACCACAACAAGCUUCGCCAGCUGCGGCCCAGAGCCUUCGCCGGCGCCAAAGAUCUGCGCUGGCUGCACCUGAGCGCUAACGAGCUGAGCACGCUGCACGCCGGCUCCCUGGACGCCGUGGAGAACCUGGCCGUGCUGCACCUGGACCGCAACAAGAUGGCCGCCUAUCCCGCUGCCGCCCUCAGCAAGCUGCGCGUGCUGGAGGAGUUGGUGCUGAGCAGGAACCCCAUGAGGAGCCUCCCCGACCACGCCUUCCAGAGCUUCGGCCGCUACGUGGAGAAGCUCCACUUGGACCACAUGGGCUUGGAGAAGAUGUCCCCCGCCGCCUUUGUGGGCGUGACCGCGCUCACCUCACUGCACCUGGACAACAACAAACUGCACUCGCUGCCCUCAAGUCUCAACUUGUCAACACUCGCCAACUUCACGCUCAACAACAACCCCUGGACUUGUACCUGCCAGCUGGCACCUCUACGCAGGUGGAUGGAGGGGCGGAGCCAGCGAGCAGACGCAGUGUGUGCUGGGCCGCCACCUGAGCGAGGCAAGCAGGUGGGCGAGAGCGCCGCCUUGACGGGCUGCAAGGUGAAGGCCAAGAAGGCCAAGAUGGCCGCUCGUCAAUAAACAGCUGACACACUCCUUCUGUUUCCUGGCACAACAACUUUCACUUUCACUUCUUUAUGCUAACCUGUUAGCCAGCUCAGCUUGUUGUUGGCGUCAAAUUGUUGGCGUCGACUUGAUGAUGCGACUUUACACGCAAUAA